UCCCGGCGCCCCGUUAGGUCCGCUAAGGCGAUGGCAGCUCGCGUGUGGAGGUUUUUAGCCGUGAUGCUGGCGGUCGCCGCCGCCGUCUCCCGGGCCGAGGUGGAGUCUGAGGCGGGAUUGGACAUGGCGGCUCCUGACUUGCUCUACGCUGAUGGGACCGCGGCCUACGCGCGCGGAGACUGGGCUGGGGUGGUCCUGAACAUGGAGCGGGCGCUGCGCUCGCGGGCCUCCCUGCGCGCCCUGCGCCUGCGCUGCCGCACCCGGUGUGCAGCCGACCUGCCGUGGGAGCCCGACCCCGGCUCAUCCCCGAGCCUAGCGCAGGCAGCGGGCGCCGCUGCCCUGCAAGACCUGGGCUUCUUCGGGGCCCUGCUUCGCCGCGCCGCCUGCCUGCGUCGCUGCCUGGGGCCGCCGGCCGCCCACUCGCUCAGCGAGGAGCUGGAGCUGGAGUUCCACAAGCGGAGCCCCUACAACUAUCUGCAGGUCGCCUACUUCAAGAUAAAUAAGCUGGAGAAAGCUGUAGCAGCAGCACACACCUUCUUUGUGGGCAAUCCUGAGCACAUGGAGAUGCGGCAAAACCUAGACUACUACCAAACUAUGUCUGGAGUGAAGGAGGCCGAUUUCAAGGACCUUGAGGCCAAACCUCAUAUGCACGAGUUUCGGCUGGGAGUGCGGUUGUACUCAGAGGAGCAGCCACAGGAGGCUGUGCCCCACCUGGAGGCAGCUCUGCAAGAGUACUUUGUGGCAGAUGAGGAAUGCCGUGCUCUCUGCGAGGGGCCCUAUGACUACGAUGGCUACAACUACCUAGACUACAAUGCUGACCUCUUCCAGGCCAUAACAGAUCAUUAUGUCCAAGUCCUCAGCUGUAAGCAGAACUGUGUCACGGAGCUGGCUUCCCACCCAAGCCGAGAAAAGCCUUUUGAAGACUUCCUCCCUUCACAUUAUAAUUAUCUGCAGUUUGCCUAUUAUAACAUUGAUAAUUAUACACAAGCUAUUGAAUGUGCCAAGACCUACCUCCUCUUCUUCCCUAAUGACGAAGUAAUGAACCAGAAUCUGGCCUACUAUGCAGCUACACUUGGAGAAGAACAGGCCAACUCCAUCAGUCCCCGUGAGAGUGCCCAGGAGUACAUACAGCGCAGCCUGCUGGAGAAGGAACUACUUUUCUUCGCUUAUGAUGUUUUUGGAAUUCCCUUUGUGGAUCCAGAUUCAUGGACUCCAGAAGAGGUCAUUCCCAAGAGACUGCAAGAAAAACAGAAAUCGGAACGGGAAACUGCUGUCCGCAUCUCCCAGGAGAUCGGCAACCUUAUGAGGGAGAUCGAGACCCUUGUGGAAGAGAAGACCAAGGAGUCAUUGGAUGUUAGCAGACUGACCCGGGAAGGAGGCCCCCUGCUAUAUGAAGGCAUCAGUCUGACCAUGAACUCCAAAGUCUUGAAUGGCUCCCAGCGGGUUGUGAUGGAUGGUUUGAUCUCCGAAAAUGAGUGUCAAGAGCUGCAGAGACUAACCAAUGCAGCAGCAACUUCAGGAGAUGGCUACCGAGGUCAGACCUCCCCACACACCCCCAAUGAGAAGUUCUAUGGUGUCACCGUCUUCAAAGCCCUCAAGCUGGGACAGGAAGGGAAAGUUCCUCUUCAAAGCGCCCACUUGUACUACAAUGUGACUGAGAAGGUGCGGCGCGUCAUGGAGUCCUACUUCCGCCUGGACACCCCACUCUACUUCUCCNNNNUUCAGUACUUAUGGGUUACCUUGGCCCCAGAGGCACAGGCUGAGAGGAAGGACAAUAGCCAUCCAGUCCACGUGGACAACUGCAUCUUGAAUGCUGAGACCCUCGUGUGCAUCAAGGAGCCCCCUGCCUAUACCUUCCGGGACUACAGUGCCAUCCUUUACCUGAAUGGAGAUUUUGAUGGAGGAAACUUCUACUUCACUGAACUAGAUGCCAAAACUGUGACGGCAGAGGUGCAGCCCCAGUGUGGAAGGGCCGUGGGAUUCUCUUCAGGCACUGAAAACCCACACGGAGUGAAGGCUGUCACGAGGGGGCAGCGCUGUGCCAUUGCCCUGUGGUUCACACUGGAUCCUAGACACAGCGAGCGGGACAGAGUGCAGGCAGACGACCUGGUGAAGAUGCUAUUCAGCCCAGAAGAGAUGGACCUUCCUCAGGAACAGCCCCUCCCCCAGCCUAGUGAAGAGUCUCUCUCAGGCAAAGAAUCAAGAGCCAAAGAUGAACUAUGAUAAGCAUCCAGGUCACAUGUGGAUGAGAUUAGACCCAUGAGGAGGAGCUCUGUCUUAUACUCUGGACUGGCCAGCCUCUAAGGGCUGUGGAUCCAAGGGGACCCUGCCCAGCCUUUUGAAUGGUGCUACUGCUGCUCUUGAGUGGACAUGGCAGGACACUGCUCUUCUUUGGGUUUGACUGAAAGCUCAGGACCCAGGCCCAGAGCCACCCUGGGGCCUACACAGCAGCUGCAAGACAGCAGCCCAGUAUUUAAGUGUCUAUGUAGACAACCAAAGAAUAAAUGAUUUGUGGGUUUCC